GUUUUCUUUUUAUUUAAAAAUGAUUUAUCCUGAUUUAUUCUUUUUUCUUGAAUACCUAUGGUUUAUUCAAAACCUGUGUUAGAAGAUUACCUAGUGAAAUAAUGUGCAGUUUUGUUCGAAACCAUAUCCGAAGUUUAUGUUAGCCUAGAACCAAACUCUACAGUUUACAGUCUUAAAAAUCAGAGAGUUAUCUUAUUAGGAUUCACGUGAAAACGAUUACAAGGGUAUGCCAGUCACACAAGGUUAGAGAUUAGAAUGUCGCGUUGCCGUCCCAAACUUUUCUUUCGCAAGUGUCCUAUCUGCUGCAGAAGGGUCCCAUGGGUCGCACUUUGGUAGGCAAAGACAACUGAUGUUCUUCAGAUGCCUUCGUGCGAUGCACUUUAUUGCACGACGAAGGAGUGGAAACCAUAAACAACGGCUCCAAAAAGAUUUUUCCAAUGCUCCAAGUAACAGUUUUCCCAGAGCAGUCUGUAUGUGCACAUCGUUGAUCGUUUUUCUGAGCUUUUUGUUUUCAUAUCCGUUUUUAUUAUAAGUUAUCGUUAGUACCAUUUAGUGUAAAAUACUAUAAGUGUACUGAUAAGUUUAGUGUUAAAGUACAAUGACAAUUUUCGGUUUUAGUGUAGUGUUUAGUUAAGUGUUUAAGUACUUUUGUUAGAAUAAUGGCUAGUCAUAAAAAAGGACAAAUAAUCCAUAGUGAAGCGCGCACUGUGGUAAAAAAACUUAUAACAAAAUGUGAGGAGGAAGCAACAAAAGGGGAAUUCCUUCACCCUAUUGACAAACCUGCAAUUCGUGCUGCUGAUUAUACAGGACUAUCAGUGAGGACAAUCAGCAGGAUUCGAAAUGAGAGUUCUUCCGAGGAGGAAAAUUUACCAUCGCUAGGAAAAAAGCAAAAAAGGACCACGGAGUUGUAUUGCUCUCAGGAGAACAGAGCUGUCAUUAGAGGUAUAAUAACUGACUUCUACGUUAAAAAGAAAUGUAUACCCACUGGUCCUAAGCUCUUGAUCGCCAUUCGCGAAAAAAUUCAUUUUCCAUGGUCAGUAUACUCUCUCUACCGACUAUUAAAAAAUAUGGGAUUCAAAUGGAAAAAAAAGUAAUAGCAUCAGGAAAGUCCUAAUAGAAAAACCGAACAUCAAAAGCUGGAGAGAGAAAUAUUUGAGAGCUGUUGCGCACUACAGAUCGAUAGGACGAAACAUAGUUUAUAUUGAUGAAACGUGGGUAGAUGAUACGUUGUGUUUCUCCAAAUGUUGGCAGAGUGACGACAUGUUGGGAGUUAUAAAAAGUGCAAGUUCUUCCCACCGGCUCAUAAUUAUCCAUGCUGGUGGAAACAAUGGAUUUGUGCCAAAUGCAGGCUCAAUUUUUAAGUCCAGAAGCACCACUGGCGAUUACCAUGGCCAAAUGAACACUGCCAAUUUUGAAAAAUGGAUAACCGAAAAAUUACUGCCCAACUUACCGGAGAAGAGUGUCAUCAUUAUGGAUAAUGCUCCGUAUCACUCCACCCAAAUAAAUAAGCCACCAUCGAAAUAUGCAAGAAAAUCGGAAAUGAUAGAUUGGUUCAUUAGAAAUGAUGUGAUACAUUCAGAGUCGAUGACCAAGUAUGAGUUAUCGCAAUUAAUAGAACGUCACAGAAAACCUGAGAAAACAUAUAAAAUAGACGAAAUAAUUAAAUCUAAUGGACAUGAUAUUUUAAGAUUGCCACCCUAUAUGUGUGAACUAAACUCCAUAGAACUAAUCUGGGCACAUAUUAAAAGAAAAAUACGGGAGAAAAAUCCCUCAACAUUAACAUUCAGCGAAUUGCACAGUUUAACAGAAGGAGCCAUAGCUACCAUAACAACAGAUGACUGGGAAAAGAAUUGUAACGUCCCGCUAAGAAGACCCAGCACUUUUUCGUACGUGGAGCCGAGUUGA